AUGUCCGACGUAGUAGUAGCGGGCUUGCGGGGCGAUGAGAGAGACGAUAGCGAGGCCGAUAGCGACGGCGGGAGUCAGCAUGAGGAGGACUCCAUGGAUGAUGAUGAAUCGAGAAGCGUGGACAGCGACAGCACGGGGAGUCUCGCCGACUUCAUCGCGCCCGAUUGGGAAAUGGAAAGCGGCGAUGAGGGUGAGGCCGCGGAGGACGACGACUACGAGAAUGAAAGCACGGACGAGAACGAGGAAGCAGGCGACGGAGACAGUGGCGGAGACAGUGGCGGAGACAGUGGCGGAGACAGUGGCGGAGACGGUGACGGAGGCGACGACAGACCCAAACGCGCCUACUUACCCAAUUGCGACGCAAUGGCCCGUCUCGAGAUGAUUGCAUACAACCUUCGGCGACUCGCACGUGAGUCCGAGGCCGAGACAAGCCAACGCGCCGCACUGCACCAUGACCGGUCGUGCUACUGCAGACGCCGUGGAAGGCGAACGACCCGGGUGCCCCCGCCGCUCCGACGCGCCAGUGGGCCGCUAGUGGCGCCGCAUCUCAACGCGGAGUCCGACACGUCGCCACUUUCGCCCGACCGGAGGCAGGGACGCCGCCACGCGAGAAAUCGCCCUAUUGAAGCGAUUGCAGGGUCAAUUCGCAGCGACAGAUCUAUUACUACAUACCCAACAGGAUUACGUGAGGGACCAUAUGUGCAUCUAAAUGGGUGGUGA